AUGUGGAGAACUGCCUCAAUGUAUAUGAUUGGAAAAUUAUUAAACAGAACUGUUUAUUAUGAAAGUAUUUAUAAAUGCUUUGCUGAAUACAAACAGGAAUUUGAAUUUACAUUCAAAAAUGGAGGCCAACUUAUUAAAUUAAUGAGUCCAAAACAAAAAUAUAUAAAAAAGAUAUCAUUCGGAAUUGACUGUUGUGACUUUGAUUCCCCAUACAGACUUGAAGGAGAAAAUGCCCAAAUAAUUCAAGUUACCGGAAGUGAAUUUAAAUCAUUUAAAUAUUUUGAAGAUUCUAGAGAAGAAAUUCACAAAAUAUUUGAAUUUAAUGAAAAUAUUAAAUUAGCAGCUGAUGAAGCUGCAGAAGGAAUUUUUAGAAAUUACACUUCCGAACAUCGUCUUUGUUUACAUGCGCAGAGACACGAAAAUAUUGAAGCAGGGCAGGCUAGUACUUUAGAAUUUAUUGAAGGAUCUAUUAAAUUUGUUAUUCAAAGACUUCAAUCAAUUAAUUUAAAGAAUAUUGCCAUUAUAUUUUUUGGUAGUGAUAAAAAUUUUCUUUAUGAAAUUGAGCCGGAAGAAGUAGUUUAA